AUGCAGAAUUCACCGCGGUCCAGCCCCGCCGCCAGGCCCGGCACUCCGCGAGGGGCGCGACAAACAAACAACGACGCGAAUCCCCUUUCACACCCCCUCAAACGCCUGUCCCUGCAUUCCGCCUCGAAUACCCCACUACCGCAGUCUCCCGCUCUGAAUUCACCUCGAAGUUCAGCUGAUCUCCGCCGGACGCCUUCGACCCCCAACUUCAAGGCGAAUGCCGUCCAACGCAGCCCAAGUGUAGCAAGUUUCCGUUCUUCGACACCCGCCUUGGGACGCAAGUCGUCGACCUCUUCCCUCCGCGGCGACCCUCCUCGGCCGGGCACUUCUGCAUCCCGCCGCUCGUCCUUCAACCCAAAUAUGCAGGCACCCAUGCCCAAGAGCCCGCUAGGCCCCACGUAUGUAGAGGAGAAGCCACCACUGCGCGCAUGUGAUGUUGCCGAAGACUACUUCAAGAAGGACAUGGCGCGACAUGAGGGUAUGGCAGGCGCAGUCAAUGCAGGCACCAUCGUCAUCGUACACGACCAAUGCUACGGCCAUCGCUUUUCGCGGCCCAAGACACCCAGGAGCCACCUCAGCUUGAUCAUGGAGCGACCAGAGAGGAUAUUGGCAAGCGUUUUGGGUAUUUCAGCAGCCUACGUGCGACUGGGCGAGCGCCACGCCGAGGGGGACAAUCCACCGCAUCCGCACUACAAUCCGCCCGAGCGUAUCCCAUUCAAGAUCCGCAAGACUUCCCGAGCAGUCGAUAUCACCUCACAGGUCGUCACCAACGUACACGGAACCAAGUGGAUGGGCGAACUGAAGUCAUUGUGCGACAACGCAGAGCGGAAGCUGGCAUCGACAGGAAAAGAGUUGGUCAGGGACACCCCUGCAAUACCGGGACAACCGCCGAAGCAACAACUACAUGCUGGUGAUCUAUACCUCUGCCCCGAAUCGCUGAACGCCUUCCAGGGGGCCCUUGGAGGUGUUUUGGAUGCGGUGGAUGCUGUCUUCCAGGGAACCAGCCUUGGUAGUGGCCCCUCCAGAGCUUUCGUCUGUAUCCGUCCGCCUGGUCAUCACUGCUCCGACGACUUUCCCUCUGGAUUCUGCUGGCUGAAUAACGUUCACGUUGGUAUCGAACACGCCAUGAUGACAUACGGCCUCACGCACGCAGCCAUCAUUGACUUUGAUCUGCAUCACGGAGAUGGCUCGCAAGCUAUAACAUGGGCGCGCAACAAAAAGGUUCAGAACAUGCCCAAGAAUACACCCAACUGGAAGAGGACCUCGAUCGGCUACUUCAGUCUACACGACAUCAACUCGUACCCUUGCGAAGACGGCGAUGACGACAAAGUUCAGGCCGCUAGUCUAUGUAUCGACAACGCACACGGCCAGUCCAUCUGGAACGUGCAUCUGCAAUCUUGGAAGACACCGGAGCAGUUCUGGGAAAUCUACGAAGAGAAGUACCUGGUACUGCUAGAGAAAACUCGCCAGUAUCUCAAACAUCACACCAACCGCCUCCGGGCUUCGCCAAAUCACCCUGCGCCCAAAGCAGCCAUCUUCUUAUCUGCUGGCUUUGAUGCGAGCGAGUGGGAAACUGCCGGCAUGCAACGACACAGUGUCAACGUACCUACCGAAUUCUACGCUCGAUUCACCCGCGAUGUAGUACGCUUGGCCCAAGAGGAGGGUACAUCUGUGGAGGGUCGUGUCAUCUCUGUCCUAGAAGGCGGUUACAGCGACCGAGCUCUUACCAGUGGCGUGUUCAGUCAUUUGAGCGGUCUUGUGGAUGGUCAAAUCUGGAAGGAGUCAGAACCAUCAAAGGGCCUCGCCUCCUCCAUGCGAAACAGACUGAGUGGACUUGGCAUCCAGGAUGAAGACGCUCCCAUGCAGUCUAUCGAGCCAGAGCUCACACCCGUCAGUUAUGAUCCUCUGUGGUGGCAGGCAAAUCAUCUAUCUGAGCUGGAGGGUCUCGUUCCCCCACCGCCUGUAACUGCCUCAAAGGUGACCCGCGCUGAACGCCUGGCCCAUUUCUCUUCACCCACACAGUCCUACGUCGCCAAAGUCGUGGAUCCAACAAAGAUCAAUCGUAGUCUUUCCGCCAAAUACGCUUCCAAUCCCUUGAGAGCGCCCACGCCACCGCCGCCAGAGGUUGACUGGGCUACCGCUGCACAUGCUUUGAGUAGUUUGCUAAUCCCCUCUGAUCGUCAAACCCGCAGUUUCAGGCCAGAAGAUCUAGCAGAAGUAAAAGCAAAGAAAGAGAAGCCGACCGCACCCGCCCCAACGGCGGUUCAUGUUGAAAAGUCGGGACGUCAAUUGCGUGGUCGUAAAGCUGCUCCAUCUUACGCUGAGCCUGGUUCCGACGACGAAAAGGGAUCUCGUCAGGAGUCACGAGCCAGUAGGCGCCAGACGAUUGCCGACUUUGCACCAGCCAGUUCAGAACCUUCAAUGCCAGCACACUCUGCUUCCCGCCGCAUGAGUAUCGCUUCCAGCGUCUCAUCAAUAGGAGACAACAGGAAUGUUCGUGCGCCAAGUGUAGCGGCAAGCCGAAGAGGCGUUGCACCUUCUGUAGCUUCAACCAAUGGAGUGGCUAUCAAGAAGGCUAGAGGAUCAACAACAACGACUGCUGCGGCAGCUCGCGCCCCUCAGCGUCCCGCAGCAGCAAGAGCGCCUUCCAGCUAUUCUGUCAAGGCGGGUGCGACCAAAGGAAAGGAGAACGACGGCGUCGAUGCACUCACUUCAGGCUUGAAGCGCAUCACAUUGAAGAUGCCCUCGAAGGAGGUGCAUGAUGCACGAGAGAAGGAGAAGGCUGAGAAGCAAAAGGCCUCUGAAGCACCAAAGAAAACCACUGCACGGAAACCACCAGCUGCUCGCGCUCCUCCCACAAAACCGACGACUAAACCUGCAGCGACUACUAAGAGGGGACCUGGUCGGCCAGCAAAGUCGUCGAAACCUGCAUCGCCUAUCCCUGAGGCCCCACAGAUGCAAGUUGCUGCUGGUGCACCUCUCGAACAACCCCAGCCAAUACAGACAGACUCGUCUAAUUUGCUACCACAGCCUACCGCGCCACAGCCUUUCCAGGAUGCGCAAAAUCCGAUGGAGCCUCCAGCUGUAGAUCGACGUAUUUCUGGUGGAAUCGUGCAGCCACCCACUGAGUUGCAUGAUAUGGCUAUAACACCGGAACAGAUCCGUGAACAACUCCCUAUGCCGUCCUUCGUCACUGUAACGGAGCCACUCUCGGAUGUCUCACCACCUUCUCGUGCCGAUACGCCCCCUCCCCCACCACCGUCGAAUAUUUCACAGUUCGUCAACUACACGGCGCAGAGCUUCGGUGGAAACCCAGACUUUGUAAACUCGCCACCGGACACGUCAAGCCCACAGGCAUCUGCGACUUUACAAUGGGUUGCCAAUACACACGCUGAGGACACGACCAUGCCUGGUGUUCCGCUCAUGUCACCGCCAAGCAAGAGGGCUGAUCUGCCUGUAUUUACAGCGAACGGCGCGAUACCGUUCGCAUCAGGCUCGAAUGAGUUGGAAAACGCGUCUAGGCCUGAGUACUCUGGUGUAGGUAUCAAGAACGAGGAGAAGGUCAGGGAUAUGUGGGAGGUCCCUGAUACGCCCGCUCGCUAA